CAGACGUGACAAGUGCGGCCGACUGAACCUGAACUCAGUCUUUAUUUUCCUCCCCUGUAGCCCCUCAAAACUACACUCCUCCCUGUCUUACCACCGAGCUGGGUGCGUGUGCAUAAUGCCAUGGUGGACUGAUAUUUGUUACGAAGAGGAGCUUUCGUGCCGCGGGAGAAUUGGUCCCUUUGUGAGCUAGUUUGGUCCGUCAGUUAGUAGAGAUGUUGUGCUCGGGGCUGGAUGAGCAGCGAGUAGCCUGACGCGUCUUCUCCACAGGCCGGGACGAGCCUUUCAGCUGAGCCCGGAGGACCAGCUCACCCAGAUGGGAGCGAGGAAAGCCUGUCGAAGCCUCUGGUCAUAACCGGGUACUUGGAUACGGUUAGCCUGCCCCAAGACUGCUUCACCAAUUCCUGCUGAAAGUGAGACCCCACCAGCCUUCACGGUGGAAACUAGAAGAAGAGCAAAGAUGAAUGCUGUGCGGGGGGGCACAGUCACCUGGCGUCCCCAGCCGUGGCAGGAUGGGGACGGGGGAGGAGGAGAACCUCUGUCAGACAGCGACUCAGAGGAGGAGGACUUCCCCGAUGACAGCACCACACCGUUGGGAGACUACAUCACGCAUGGAUUGAAGCAGCUCCUGGACGCUCAGCAGCUGUGUGACGUUACGCUACUUGUUGAGGGAAAGAAGUUCAUGUGUCACAGAGUCCUCCUGGCAGCCGUGAGCCCGUAUUUUCGGGCUAUGUUCACCAGUCCCCUGGUUGAGUCCCGCCUCACUGAGAUCCGACUGGAGGAAGUGACGCCAUCUGUCAUGGAGACUGUCAUCCAGUUUGUGUACACCGGUGAGGCGGGGCUCUCUCUGGACACAGCUGAGGAUCUGUUUGUGGCGGCCAACCGGCUCCAGGUCAUGCCUCUUCAAGACUUGUGCUCCAGGUUUCUAUUUGAGCACCUCUCAGUGGAUAACUGCCUGGGGAUGUACUCUUUGGCUCGCUCUCACCAUGACCAGCUGCUACUGCGAGCGUCCCUGCGGCUCGUAGCCCAGCACUUCCCCCGGGUGGCCCGGCAGAAAGACUUCCUCCUGCUGGACCACGGCACCUUAGGCAGCCUCCUGAGCUCUGACCGUCUGGGGGUGGACUCCGAAGCGGAGGUUUACGACGCGGCGCGCCGAUGGGCAGAGCACCAGCCCUUGGAUCGCUACGCCCACAUGCCGGCACUGCUUCACCACCUGCGGCCGGGGCUGCUGUCCCAGGAGGAGAGCCGAAGACUGAGCCAGGAGUUGGGGCCCGCUGCAGCUGGUGAGGGCCUUGGGGGGCCUCUGAGACCACGGGAGGGCAUGUUUGAGAAAAAGAUUGUCUGUGUGGACCUGACGCCUCGGGAAGAUGAGAAUUUAGCUGCGAGAGACUACACAGUGGACUGCUUUGAUCCUCGGACAGGGAAGUGGGAGAAGUUAGCUGCACUGGGUUCACUGGUCAGUCCCGGCUGUACGGCUGUAGGCGACCGGCUGUUUGUAGCGGGGGGAAUCCUGCGGACGGGCUCUGUGUCUGCAGCCGUGCACGAAUACGAUGCAGUGUUGGACCUCUGGAUAGAGCGGCCUUCGAUGGUCCAACCCCGGGCUAUGCUAGGCCUGCUGGGCUGUGGAGAGUCACUCUAUGCCUUGGGUGGUAGUAACCGCUCAGCUCUGCUGGACUCCAGUGAGACCCUGGAGCUGAGUACGCUUCAGUGGGCUCCAGGGCCUCGGCUACCACUCCCUCUGCGCGCCUUCGCCUGCGCAGCGUUACGUGGACGGCUUUACCUUCUGGGUGGAACCACACUUGAACAGAAUCGGGCUGUGGUCCACUCGGGAGUGCUUAUUUAUCACACCCUAACAGACUGCUGGACACGUGUGGCUCUGGACUCUGGCGCCACCUGCCUUGCUGGAGGAGUAGCAGUGCGUGGAGGAGUCUGUGCCAUUGGGGGAUACAUGAGGGAUACUACCAAGUUCCUGGAUGGAAACUACACCAAUCUGGAGACUUUAGACGCCACUGGGCGUGUGCUGUUUUUCAGAGAGGGCAGGGGGUCUGGAGUAGAGAGGGAGGUGACUGGAGGUGGGGUGAUGGUCACCGCGGAGCAGCGGGGGGCAGCAGGUGGCGGAAGCGACCGAGCCCCGAGCCCUGUGGUAUUUCCCGGGCUGCCGCGGCGGAUUGCAGCUGGUGGUGUGGCCAGGUGGAAACGCAGGAUUUAUGUGCUGGGUGGGGAAAACGGCUCACGGUUCUAUGACAGUGUUUACUGUUGGAAGCCCGGCUGGCGCAGCUGGGUCCAGAGACGUGAGAAACUCCCAGGAGACACUGGAGGGGUGAGCCAGUUUGGGUGUACCACUUUAAAGUUCCCUAAGAAACACAUCCUGUCCAGACUGAGACUAGCCAAAGAAAACUGCAAGAAGGCUGCUGACUAGCUUGAUAGGGACCAGUAUGACUGAAGUUGAGGCAGCCGUUCAUGUGACACAGAGAUGAGCUCCAGGCCGAGCAUGAAUUUGCUCCCCCUUGACCUCAUGUAAUGUUGGUGUGGAGAUGAAAUCACAAGGAAGAUUUUUACAGUCCUGAGCGCAGCCACAGAGUAGGUCUAUAAUGGACUGGACUUGUUAGGAUAGCCAAAUGUACAGGCAGAGAGCAAGUGGAGCCAGAAACUGUUAGGGCUGUACCGAAUACUCACAGCUUCAUUCAUUUGAAUUUUAAACCUUCAUUCAUUCACCAACAUUCAAAUGCUGCACAGCCAUUUCUCUCUGUUUUGGUAUUUCUUUACUAUUGCAGAUAAAGAUUAGGAGUCGAGAUUUUUCACCAUUUUCUGAAAUUUUAUGGACCAAACAACUAAUUGAUUAAUUGAGAUAACAAUCGACAGAUUAAUCAAUAAAAUAAUCGUUAGUUGCAACAUUAUACCAGUAUAUACCAUAUUAUACCAGUAAGUAGAAAUACAUUUCCCGACUUGUGUGAUCCAGACGUUUCCAAUGUGAUAUAAAGCCCUAAAAUCCAAAUUUAUUGAAAAAAGUAAUAUAUAUAUAUAUAUAUAUAUAUAUAUAUAUAUCUAAUGAAAUAUGCUGCUUCAAUCCUUGUUUGUUGGCUAGCAGCAUUUUAAUAGCAUCAUAAUAAUAUAAUAACAAAAAAUGUACUUCUACUGGCUCGAACAGUAUUAAAGUAAAUGAUUUAAGUUGUUCAUGUUAUGUAUGUUUACGUCAUAAAAUAUGACGACUCGCAUUCAAAGCUUCAUUUGAAAACCUCAAUAGAAGCUGAAUGUAAAAAAACGAAAACAAAGGAUAUUCGGUACAGCCCUUGAAACUGGUUAAAAGUCAGGCAACAUGCACCUGAAUGUAACCUAAUCCACUAUUUGUCAGUAAAGUCCUUUGAGAGAGAAAAGGGCCUUUUUAAUUCUUUUCUUAAAGUGUAAUGUUAUUUUCAGCUUUUUGCUGGUGGAAGAUUUUUAAGGCUAUUUGGAAAACAUUUCAAUGCUGUGAAUAUUUUAGCAGCGUUUAGUUUAGACACAAGGAUACCAGCACAUUUCUGACCUCGCUAUGUUCCACUCUAUCUGCCUAAACAUAGGUUCUUGUCUAUUGUGGGCCUGUAAAGCCCUUUGAAACUGCAAUGAAGGGCUAUACAAAUACACUUGACUAGAGUGGAAACAUAUCAUAGGAAACACAUUUUUCUAACUACUGUAGACAGUUUUUACCUGCACCGUCAGUUAUUCUGUGAAUACGUCAACGUCCCGUUCUGUCUUUGACUUGAAGCCCUGAACUGAUUUCUCAUAUCAGCGGAGGACAUCGGUCAAAUCCUCACAACUGCUGAAAACCCCCAGUGUGAUUUGUACGACGCAGCAAUGGCUCAUUUGUUCUGGUACAUCUUUCACAACAUGACAAUAGUCAGACCUACCUGUGCCAAGCCACUGCCCAAGCCCCGUUCUAUGGUCUAACUACACAGGCAGACCCCUCUGACUGAGCCCAAUAUGGCAGCCCACAUACGUACCAGAUAGUGUCUUUUUUUUACUCCAUAGAAACUGUACGAAUGUGUUCUUAAAUGCUCUCGCAAAGGUUCUGUGGAACAUGGCAGUGGAAGAAAUGUGCAGAUAAUACGCAAUAAAUUUAAAGAUGAUAGCCACGAGCCCAUCUUCCAUAUUAAUAUGACAAUGAGUGCUUUAAGUGUAAGAAUUUGGUAGGUAUUCAAGACUGUGCUGCAAAGAAAAACUUGAACUGUCUGUUUCCGCCAGCAUUCUGAAGUAUUUGGACAGAAGGUAAAUGUAUGAGGGCAUUGUGCAGCCCUCUGUGAAGGUGAACUACGAUAUCCUUGUGUCUAGACCACCGCUCUGUCCAGCACCUUUCCUAAACCUAAGCCAGGGGAAUAGUAGUCUUUACUUGAUUCAGCAGCCGUGUCAGAAUGAUAUUUUUUUCUUUCAACCACUCCAGCCACAGGACUUGUGAAUGUGUUUGGCAUGGAGGUUAUGAAUUAUCUGGACACAUUAGCACUGCACCUAAUUUAUUGAACUGUAUUUUAAAGGUUUUGUUGUUGUUUUGAAAUGGUAGCUUUGGCUCUGACUGCAGCGUCCGGGCUUCCUGCACCGAAAGGAUGGCACUAUAAGCUUAGACAGACCUGUCGAAACAGGACCAGAUGUGUUUAGAUCUGAACGUGACUGAGGGUUUUUAGAUAACUUAAUUCUUAAAUUGUGAUUUUAUGAGAGGUCAGAAAGUUUGCCCAGAAUUGUAAGCAUGUUGUUUUGCUGUAAGCCACUAUGUUCUCUUUGACCUUCAUUUUUUGUUUUCCUCAAAUUGAUCAAAUCCAGAUCCUUCUGUGGAAGAUGUGUUCAUAUGAAAAACACUACCAGCUGUGACUGAAAAUGGCAGAAUUCUACCAGUGUUGUUAUCACACAGCCAACUACCAAACAGAAUCAGAAAAUAUGAACUAGAGAAUUAUAUAUGACAUAUGACUCCUACCAUCUACAGCUAAUAUUGCUGGAUAUUUGGGAUUUUUGCCAUUGUGGAGGCAAUCAAUCAAUCAAUGAAGCUGAAGGCUUAAGAUAUAGAGAAAACCACUCUAUGACACUAAAACAAAUGGGUUUCAAAUGAUAAAACUUGGCAGGGAGAACCUACCCGGGCCAGGAAUUAGUUUUCAGACAUACUCUUUAUAUUGGUAACAUUGACAGCUGACAGUUUAGCACAUGAUCAUCCCUAAACAGGAUUCCAAGGAUGUGCCUCUGUAUUGGCUCUUAUCACUGAGAUAACACCUAGUGUGUCUCUGUAUAGGAUCCUAGACCUGCUAAGUGGAUUUAUUGAAGUUUACAGAGUAAAUCAAUGGCAGUCUGACACAACGUAAAACUGUUAAAAAGAAUAAUUUUAUAACUAACUAAUAACUAAAGAAAAAUCCCCACCCCCACCCUCACCCCUCCCUGCCCCAAAGAAAAAGGAUCAAAAGUACAUUUAAUAGUUUUAAGUCAAACUGUCCUUCCAUCUCAAACUUUCCAGUUGUGUCACCAUGACUCAGUCUCCCUCGGGAGCAGAAUAGCGGAACUUCCCCAAUUUCACAACUACAGUAACAGCACAUGUUUCACACCACUUUUCUAGCAAGCGUAAGCACUUUCCCAGUGACACAGCUACCAAUUAACAGCUUGAUUAUAACACUGUGCCUCUAAUCUCCAUAGUAAGUCAUUUUGAACGCAUUGCAUAGCCCCUUUAUGUAAUUAACACAUAAAUCAGUAUUUAUUUUCGUCACCCAACUCCUGAUAAUAAGAUUCCUGGUAGGUCAAAGAAGAUGAUUGGAGCAGGUCAGGGCAUCUUUAUCUCUAAGUCCUGGGGAGUAAUAGUAAUAGUUUGAAGGGUAGCUGAGAUGUUUGGGCUCAUCUGAUAUUGUAAGAAUUCAAACAUGUUUAGUAUAUCAUGAACUGUGUGGCUGACCAAAAUGCAUUAAAAGGAUGAGGAGCAAAAAUCCUUAAUCAGUAAGGUUCCUUAUUUCAGUUGUAUAUUCACAAGACAAACACUUUUUUUUUUUUUGUCAUUUUAGUCAGUUAAGAGAUGUGAGCUUCAGUUUGUGUUUCUAGAAAUAAAAUACAUGUCACACCAUCUGUUUUAUUUCAAAUAACACGCUCUGAAUUUUUACCUGGAAGUGUCAAAUGAAUUGAUUUCCUUUUCCUUCGUGUGCUUACAGCUUAUAUGACAUGUGAAAAGUGAUGUGUGCGCAUGCAUGUUUUCUAUGCCGCGGCGUAAAUCUGUUCAACACAAGCUCUCUGCACAUAUGCACACCCACACACUGUGUGUCCAUUCAGAGAAGUGAAGCUGCCCUCAUUUGUACAAUCUAAUGACAUUUGUGAACUGAAAGGCAAAUGGAUGUUUUGAUGAAAGCAGUGCUCUCAAAUGAUUAAAGGACUAUUUGCUUA